AUGGCAGAAAGCACGCGACCGGAUUACGAGGAUGACAUUAGCAUUGACGACGACAUUGAUACGGAUGGUGGCUAUGUUUCUGAAGGCGACAGCUAUUACUCAUACGAUGCCGAGGCUGAAUGGGAAGAAAGCAAGGCACAGAUUAACGCACUCUUUUCGUUGGUGAUCUUUCCAUUUGUCGGCAGAUGGCUCGGCAAGAAGUUCUCUUUCUGGUUGUGGUCAAGAUAUGCUCCCAAUGCGACUCUUCCAUCAUCAUCGUUGCUAUCGAUGCAAUGGCUCAACAACUUGAAGCAAAUUGCUUAUUGA